CCGCCCAGGCUGCUUCCGCCCGUCCCCUCAGCCUCGCGAGCGCAGGGCCAGCGCUGCCGGCGGCGGGUGCGCGACCCGAGGAAUGAACAGGCAGCGGGGCGCCCGCGGCCGCGACCCCGCCUCGCGCCCGCCGGCUCCAGCCGCGCCCCCAGCCCCGGCCGCGCCGCCGCCGCCCCCAGCGCCCGCCCCGCGCCCCGCCCCGGAGGCCGCCGGCUACUCGCACCAGCUGCUGCUGCUGCUGCUGCAGUGAGCGCCGCCCCGCGCCCCGCCAUUGUCCCCGCCGCGCCGCCCGCCGCGCCGGGCCGCGCACCCGGACGCGCAUGGGUGGCCGCCGCUGAUGCCGCCGCCGCCGCCGCGCCGCCCUCCGAGGCUGCGUCCCGGGAAGCCCGGCAGUCGGCGCCCCCCGGCCGGGGUCGCGCCCGGAUGGAGGCGCCCGGGCUGGGCGCGGCGGCCGCGGCGCGCACCGACCCUCCGGCGGCCGCGGAGCGCAAGCCCGACGGGGCGCCCGCGCCCUGCCCCAGCCCCGAGGCGCCCUCGCCGGAGCCGCCCGGCUACUCCCUGCAGGACUUCGACAUCUUGGCCACCGUGGGCACGGGCACCUUCGGGCGGGUGCACCUGGUGAAGGAGAAGGCCGCCGAGACGUUCUUCGCCCUCAAGGUCAUGAGCAUCCCCGAGGUCAUCCGCCUCAAGCAGGAGCAGCACGUGCACAACGAGAAGUCCGUGCUCAUGGAAGUCAGCCACCCCUUCCUCGUCAAGCUGUUCUGGACCUGCCACGACGAUCGCUUCCUCUACAUGCUGAUGGAGUACGUGCCGGGCGGCGAGCUCUUCAGCUACCUGCGCAACCGCGGCCGCUUCACCGCCACCUCCGGGCUCUUCUACGCCACGGAGAUCGUCUGUGCCAUCGAGUACCUGCACUCCAAGGAGAUCGUGUACAGGGACCUGAAGCCCGAGAACAUUCUCUUGGAUCGGGACGGCCACAUCAAGCUCACGGAUUUCGGGUUUGCCAAGAAGCUGGUGGACAGGACGUGGACCCUCUGUGGAACCCCCGAGUACCUCGCCCCCGAAGUCAUCCAGAGCAAGGGCCACGGGCGGGCGGUGGACUGGUGGGCGCUUGGCGUCCUCAUCUUCGAAAUGCUGGCGGGGUUUCCUCCGUUUUUCGAUGACAACCCGUUUGGCAUCUAUCAGAAAAUUCUCGCUGGCAGAAUAGAUUUCCCGAGACACCUGGAUUUCAGCGCGAAAGACCUCAUUAAGAAAUUGCUGGUGGUUGACCGGACCAAGCGGCUGGGAAACAUGAAGAACGGCGCCAACGACAUCAAGCAGCACCGGUGGUUCCGCGCUGUGGACUGGGACACCGUCCUCCAGAGGAAACUCAAGCCCCCCAUCGUCCCCAAGUUAUCCAGCGACGGCGAUACCUCCAACUUUGAGACGUAUUCCGAGAAUGACUGGGAGACCACCGCCCCAGUGCCAGAGAAAGACUUGGAAAUCUUCAAGAAUUUCUGAGGAUAGGAACUCGCCUUUUGGAAGGUACGGGAAGAUGUCAGCCUGCCCAGCACGCGGAGACGCACACCCGAGGACCCCAAGAAAGGUUCUCCUGGUGGGAGGAGGACCUUCCCACGUCUGCGAAGGCCCAUCUUUAUCUAGAGCUUGGGGAAGACCUGCCGCUUUGCGGACCGGACGUUAUUUAAGCAACUGGAGAUUCCGCGGCACUGUAGGAAAUUGGUCGUAGGUUUUAAAUCUGACCCGUUAGGAGUUGUGCUUCUACUGUGCAUUUGUUGAUUUUCUUGAAAUCCCUUGGAAGGAGACCCAUUGGAAGAUGGGUGUGCGUGCGCCCCGGGCAGACCCAGUGCCGGCUGGCACGCACGGGUUUCUGUUUGGCUAAACCUGUUCUUUUGAGUUAAGUUUCCCCUUCAAAUGACAUGGGUCGUCUCGGGGAGAAUCUGAAAUCUACCAUGUGUGCAUUUAGGAUUUCAUUCCUUACCACCUUCUAUGCAGUUUAUGGAUGUUCAUGUGGAACUUUUUCAUCUCUAUCGGUAGAACUUUCUGGACGCUUGAGUCUUUGAAACCAGAAAAAUGCAAACAGCAGAGUCCAUGGAUCGUAGUCUGAGAGCAGCCGGUGACGGGGAGGGUGUUGUUGGAAGGCUGUACCCUGCUCAGGAAAUGGGUCCCACUCAAAAACCACAUAUUGCACUGGAAGGGUAGGGCUAGGCCCCUGUUUAAAAAAGAAUCUCAUUUAAAUAUCUUAAAGAAAUGCAUUUCUCAGCCGGGCGCAGUGGUGCACGCAGGUCAUCCCAGCAGCUCAGGAGGCUGAGGGGAGAGGAUGGUGAGUUGGAGGCCAGCCU